AUGAGUUUGGACGAUACGUUGGACCCUGUAGAGAGGGCUAAGCUGGCGGUGUGGGACUAUCCAGUCAGUAACAAGUAUACCAAGCUCUGGGAGACCAUGAAACUUUCGGGGUUUCCACACUCUCUGCACGAAGCACUUUCCAGUGUAAAGAAUGGGACAUUCGCCUACAUAGGGGACGCGGCGGAGAACCAGUACCAGACGAUGAGGUCAAUGGAGAACUGUGACCUCUGGCAGGUGGGGGAGGAGUUCAGCAGGAAACCGUUCGCCCUGGCCGUCCAGAACGGGUCGCCAUUACGGAACGAUCUCUCCACUGCAAUACUACAGCUCCUUAAUCAACGAAUGCUUGAAAAACUGAAGAAAAAAUGGUGGGAUAAAAAUAAAGUGAAAUGUCCAAAACUGGAAAAUGAGAGCGAGGGCAUCAGCCUGAACAAUAUUGGCGGGGUUUUUAUCCUCAUCGCGGGAGGGGCUGCACUAGCCCUCGUGUGUCUGGGGUUCGAACUUUAUUUCUUUAAAUACAAACCGAAGCAAGCCUCGAAGAACUACGGUGUGGCAAAAAGCCAUUCUAAAGCAAACCUACCAACUGACAAAGGGACAAAGAAGGAAAAUGGCGUCAACACACGGUCUGAAGAAAAUCAGGAAUCUUCGUUCGAGAGAAGCAACGGAAGUAUGGAAAACCCUGGUUUAUUCAAUCGGUCUGUGCGUGGAGUCACUUUUUCUCUCGGAGAGAGUCUUUAAUAUGAAUAUUGACCUUGAAUAUGAGAAAUGUUUUAUUGCUUUCCUCUUCAGCAUCCUCGCAAUGCUUUGGACCCUGAGUCUACACGUUGCCGUUGGAAACCACGGGUCUGUUCAAUGACCUGGAUAAAAUUUGUUAUUGAUGUUUGAACAUGAAUGAAUGUUCAUUUGAUUUUAGUUAAAUUGCAAGUCUUGCAAAAUGAUUUCUGGAAGGACACUUCAAAGUGACAUCAAAAUAUGGUUUAAACAGCGUCAGAAACUAGGAAAUAAUUCAUUGAUUAAGGAAUAGUGACACAUAUUAACGUAAUCCAAAUAAUUUCAGUCCAUGUUUUAACACUACUAAUUUACAAUUUCCAUAAAACGUUUUUUCGAUAUUUAUAUUUCCAAUGUCUUUGUCGGAGAAAAACUUCAAUUAAGGUUUGUUUUGUUUGUUUGUAUUGUUGUUGAACGUCCCUCUCGAGAAUUUUUCACUCGUAUGGAGACGCAACCAUUUGCCCGUGGAGAGCAGCAAAUUUUGUCCUAUACUCGGCACUCGGGCCGUAAGGAUCAAUUUUCUUCGCGACACUAGAGCAGACGCUUUA